AUGCCUUUAUUCAGCAAGAAGCAUGAUGCGAGAGUAACUGCUAAAUAUAAUCUUAAGGAAGUCUUGGGAAAGGGAGCUUUCUCUGAGGUAGUAAAAGCAGAAGAGAAAGCUACCGGAACAGAGGUGGCCAUUAAAAUUAUUGAUAAGAAAUCAUUGAAGGGAAAAGAAGAAGCGUUACAGAAUGAAAUUGCUGUUUUGCAGAAAGUUAAUCAUCCUAAUGUUGUUCGUUUAUUUGAACUGUAUGAUGACAAAAAUCGUCUCUCUGUAAUGGAACUUGUCACUGGUGGAGAAUUGUUUGAUCGUAUUAUAUCAAAAGGCAGUUACACAGAGAAGGAUGCUAGUAGUCUCAUUAGACAAGUACUAGAAGCUUUAGAAUAUCUGCAUAGUUUGGGUAUUGUACAUAGAGACUUGAAGCCUGAAAACCUUCUUUAUUUCAGUCCAUCUGAUGACUCUAAGAUAAUGGUCAGUGAUUUUGGACUUAGUAAAAUGCAAGAUGAUGAACAAAUGGAUCAAUUGGGGACAGCUUGUGGUACUCCAGGCUAUGUUGCUCCUGAGGUAUUACGAAGAAAACCUUAUGGUAAAGCUGUAGAUGUUUGGUCUGUAGGUGUAAUAUCAUAUAUACUAUUAUGUGGGUAUCCUCCAUUUUACUCUGAAAAUGACUCAGAACUCUUCAAACAAAUAAUGAAAGGAGAAUAUGAAUUUGACUCACCAUAUUGGGAUAACAUUUCUGAUUCAGCCAAAGAUUUCAUAAGUCACUUAAUGGAACUAGAUCCAAAGAAACGAUAUGACUGUGAACAAGCAUUAACGCACCCAUGGAUUGCAGCUGAUAAAGCUCGUGAUGUCAAUAUUCAUGAGUCUGUUAGUGCUCAGAUGAGAAAGAGUGCAGCCAAGUUGAAAUGGAAGAAAGCAAUGUUGGUGGCAGCUGCCAUUAAAAUGAUGCAGAUUAGUUCACAAGAACACAAACACCAAGAAACGCAAGAGCAAGAACAACAGGACUCUGCCUCAGCUGCUCCCUAA